GAGAGAGAGAGAGGGGGGGAGAGAGAAAAAAAAACAGCUGAAGAAAAGUUUGAAGUGCAGAAGGCUGUUUGUUUAACACGCCGAGGCGCAGGGUUUGGACACCAGACGGACGCGCGCUCGUCGGGCUCUUUGCCCCACUUUUGGACUACGAUAUGGACGCUUUGAAAUCCGCAGGAAGGGCAAUAAUACGGAGCCCCAGCAUCGCCAAACAGUCGUGGACCGGGGGCAGACAUAAAAAGCUUCCAGAGAACUGGACGGACACGAGGGAGACCCUUCUGGAGGGCAUGGUGUUCCAGCUCAAGUACCUGGGGGUCACCAUGGUUGAGAAGCCCAAGGGAGAGGAGCUGUCUGCGGCUGCUGUGAAGAGGAUAGUGGCCACGGCCAAAGCCAGUGGGAAAAAACUCCAGAAAGUCACAUUAACGGUCUCCCCGCGAGGAAUCAUCCUUUACGACAGUGCCUCCAACCAGCUGAUAGAAAACAUCUCCAUAUACAGAAUAUCGUAUUGCACGGCGGACAAGAUGCACGACAAAGUGUUUGCCUACAUCGUCCAGAGCCAGCACAAUGAGACUCUGGAGUGUCAUGCCUUCCUCUGCACGAAGAGAAAAAUGGCCCAGGCGGUCACCCUAACAGUGGCCCAGGCUUUCAGAGUGGCGUUUGAAUUCUGGCAGGCUGCCAAAGAAGAGAAAGAGAAGCGAGUGAAGUCGGGUUCAGACGGAGAAGGAGCCAGCAACUCCCAGUCGGACAGCUCGGCCAGCCUGGGCAGCCUGAAGGCAGGAGAUGUAGCCACAGGAAAACUUCUGGAUUUGGCAGAGGGAGCCAACGUGGCGCUGGUCCACUCAGGAACAAAGCAGACGGAAUCAGACCCCUUUAUGGUGCAUAAUCACGCAACAGAGAACAACAAUACUGUAUGGGAGUUGGAGGACGGUCUGGACGAGGCUUUCUCAAGACUCGCUGAGUCUCGCACUAACCCCCAGGUCCUGGACAUUGGGGUAAACCCUCAGGACUUCAACACUGAAGAGUGCCUGUCCCCAGGCAAAUGGGAACAAGAGGACACGGACUUCCCCACACAGAAAGACAUGUUCUGAAGGAACUUAAGGGAAGGGGGAAACGGGGAGGGGGGACAUGAGGAGAAACAGACGUUAUUUUGAGACAUCAGUCAGGUUUCCCAGAUGUCUCCCUGCUGUCAUACCUCUCGGUGGUCCAGUCCAGUGGCUCUCUGAUGCUUCUGCAUCUCCUCGACCAGAAAAGGACAACAAGAGCAGGCUGCUCACAGAACAGGCCAAAGCAAUACAAACCAAUUAAUCCCUUUUCUAAAAUAAAAAACCAUGCAGUCAUUUAAUGUUUGUUACAGUCAGUGUAUUACUUCCUUUUUUUGUGUCUGACUACCCAUUCACUGUUAGUAAUGUGUCUGUGGUAUGUGCUUGUGUGCAUUGCUUUAAAGAACGUGUGUGUGUGUGUGUGUGGAUGUACAGUAUGUUAAUGUACACAGUGAGCUAUGAGGAAUGUGAUGUGUUGAGGUUUAAACAGGUCGAUACAUGAGGUUAAGGUCAUCAAGGGUGCUGUGUUAUAUUUUAUUUACCUAGAGAUGUAACUGGAUUAGAGGGAAAGGUCACUGGUUGAAGGACACCAAUGCACCAGUUCCAGUAUUGGACUAAACAAAGUUACUACCUAUGUGCUGCAAAGAUUCAGCCUUUGGUUGAGCAACAAAAGCUUUAAAAAAAAAAAAAGAAAAAAAAAAAGAGUGUAUGUUCUAGUAAGAGUGUGUGAAAAAAAAAAUAUGGAUGAGAACCAAAUGACAAUCCCCCUUUUUUUUCUAAUGCAAAAUCUAUUUUCGCACUCAGCAUUCAUCCACUUUUAAAAGCACAUAUUUAAUGUAAGGGAAUAUAAUGUCAAUAAGCAUCAAACCCAUCAUUCAAGCUUAUAUUCAGUGCCUAUAGUCACUCUUUUCAUGUUUCAUUGUUUUAACUUUGAAUCACAGUGGAUUUCUUUUGUUUUUGUAGGAAAUUGUAGGAAAACUGCGAAACGUCAAAUAGUCAUAAUUCCACUCAGGCUCAUGGACUGGGCUUCGAUGUCAGCUAGCGUUAGUCGCAUUUGUCAUCUGUGAUUCAUCGUUUAAAAGAUGAAACAUGAUGUCCAAGGGUUUGAAUUUGUUUUAUCGGCACUCUACCACUAUAUGUUAAAUUAUAUUGUUGCAUUGACUUGUUUACUUUUGUUUUGUUUCUGAGGAGGUUUCCCAGUAUUCUUUUUU